AUGCGGGGUGUGCUGGCGCGUACCGCAUGUCGGCUCACCUCCCUCCAGAAAGGGACGCGGCUAGCUGAUGUCUACCAGCUCCUCAUCACCAAGAAGCCGGUCGAGUACGACUAUGUUGCCGUCGACGUGAACGCCUUUGUCGGCAGCGCCAUGCGCAUAACAAAGAACAUGUCACCAGAGCAGCGUCGAAAUAAGGAGGCGUCGCGGCACGUCCUCAACGCCAUCAUGCAGAUGCUGCGCCGCGUGGUGUGCCGUCACUCUCUUCUCCUCGCCUUUGAUGGCCCGGAUACGUUGGCGAAGGCGUACAAGCUUCGCACCACAUUGCCAACACGGCGACUUGACAUGCAAAUUCAGCGCCUCCCCGGUGGUGUUCUCAUGCGCGCGGUGGAGGAUCGCAUAGUCAAGACGAUGCCGUUGGGGCGCGGGCUGAUUCCCGGAGAGGUGGUCGUCUCCGGUGUCAACGUGGAGGGCCCCGUGGAGCGAAAGGUGACGGCAUGGGCUCUCGACUUGGCGUGCCGCGACGGGGCGCAGCACACCUCCAAGUCUCUCUGCAUCAUCGGAGCAGGGGAGCUGUGGAUGAGCGUGCUCGCUCUCACGCCGUACUUUCAAGGUACGAACAUCGUGCAUGGAUCGUCCGACUUGCGCCACAUGUCGCUCAACGACUGCCUAACGUGGCUCCAGCUCGGCGACGACCUGCUGACCGGCGAUGCACGGGUCAUCACGGCAGUGCGGACAGAUGCGCUGCUGCUGUAUCUGCUGUGCCACGGCUGCUCCACAACAGACCUCUCGCCGCUGUCUGGCUCGAACUUCACGGUUCUCAUGGAGGCAUACCACACUCGACGCCGCGAAGCCGCAGCAACCGCCGGUGCGGCGGCCGGGGCACCGAUCUUUCAGCUCCUCCGCGAGCAGCUGAAUGGUGGCCUGGUGCUUGACGUGCAGGCGUUGUACCUACUCUUCGUGGCGGAAAAGGACGUGGCAGAAACGGUCCAGUCGCUGGCGGCGCUUGUCGUGCCGGCGAAGGAUGAGAGCCCACACACGGCGCCGCUGAGGACCUUCUCCAUGCCGCUCUCCACUUCAGGCGGCAGUGCAUCAGAGGAGCAGAUGCGCGACGCUAACGCGCUGGACAUGUUGCACAGCAGCUAUCUGAGCCACCUGCUCAAUUCUCAUCACCUCUUCUCCCAUGGUGAAAUGCUCGGUCGGUCUCGUGUGCCGGCCUACAUGGAGGCGGAGGUGAGGAUGGGGAGCCUUGGCCGCAGCGGCGCCGCGGGUGUCCGCGCCAGCGUGGUCGCCGUGGGGGAUUGGACCCGCUUUCUGCUCCGCUGUCUCCAACGCGGGGGGCGCUACGCUUUCGCCAGUGACGCAGGCGGUGAGCUGAGCUACAACACCUCGAAGUGCGCACCAUCCGCUACGACGGCUGCCGAUGUGAGUGCCGCGUCGUCAUCCACCGCUCCCGGCACGGCCGCGUACUACCCUUUCUGGUCCUCCGCGCAGCCGCUGACGGCAGCCGAGUACACCAUCCUUAGCACCUCGAAUUCGGGCAUCCUCGAUCCGCUACUAGCAGAUUACAUGCCGGGAGUGAUGCCGGCGCUACGGUCGGAGCUGCCGCGGGCGCUCACGUCUGUGCAGGCAAACCUCCAUGAGCUUCGCAGCUCACUGCAGCACUUCUUCGCGCGCGCAGCGGCUGAUCGGCCGCACCCGUCUCUGUGCCUGGCACCGUCCUACCACUGGUGCCACAACGAGAAGAACAAGGUGUGGUCAAUGCGAUACGUGGACUUGGGCGUGGUCGCAAGGCAGCAGGGUGUCCGUCACGCGCGCAGCCUGCUGCCUGGCAUGGGCAUGGAGCAGGAAACGCCGAAGGAGGGCGCCGUGGUAUAUGACGCCGAAUCACAAACGUGGACCUCACAGCCACGCAACUUCGCUGUAUUCACAGCGUCGGAGCAUGUGCAUGUCCACAGGCCGUCGUCUUCAUUCAUGGCAGCCACGACUGUGACUUCCGCGGAUGCGGCCGAGGUGCCCACGCUGAGGGUGCUCACAUGGAACGUCAUGUUCGAUCGGUACAGCAACCAGCCUACCCCACUCGGUAUGCCGGGCAUCGACUGGUGCAGCCCGAAGCGGUACCCUGUCCUGGCAAAGCUCAUCGACGCCGAGGACGCCGAUGUGGUGGGGAUGCAGGAAGUGGAGCGGCCGUUUGCUGAGUAUCUCGCUGCGCAGCCGUGGUGCCGCGAGCGGUACAUCAUGUCCUGCAGUCCGCAGAGCCCCAUUUUGGAUCCGUGGGGCGUGCUGCUACUUGUGCGCCGCGGCGGGCGGUGGCCACUGCAGCAGCUGAAACACCUGAAUGUGCCGGCGUGGCCAGGCCACGUCUCCCUUAUGCCUGUGGCUACGCUGGAUUUGAGUGCUGCCGCCGCCCACAGCGACGACAGUGGCACCGGCGGUGGCGGCUCAGCCGGAAAGAGCGGCAGCAGAAAACUUGCAGCGUUGCCGCGGGUGGUGAACGUUUGCUCCAUGCACUUGCUGGCGCCGUUUGUGAAGGUGAACGAGGUGGCCCGCACGGGUCAGGAUCAGGCUCUGCGGCAUGCGCUGACGCGGCAGCUGCAUGGCGACACGCUCGUGAUGGGUGACUUCAACGACUGGCCGAGCAACGAGUUCCUCAUGCCGCCGGAGUCGCGGUACGUGGAGUGCUGGCCGAUCAUUCACCCCGGUGACUACGGGAAAACAAUGGACGAGUCGAACACCUUCUGCAAGCUGAAGAUUGAAGAAAUCUUCUUUGGCCGCUCGGACAAGGUUUUCCUCCGGACAGGUACCGCCACAGCCGCGGGCCUCACCCGAGGCGUGCUGAGGCCAGUGGAGGCGCAUCUAGUGGGAACCCGGAGCGUCAAUGCCGAAAACGGCAAUCAAGAAGCACCGGCGUAUCUGUUCCCGUCUGACCACUACGGCGUCAGCAUGCAGUUCGAAGUCCUGUGA